CCAGUGACUAUUAUGACUUCUGCAGGCGUAAGCGCCUUUCAUCCAACCCCAGACGACGAUCCGGAGCGUGAGCGGAUCCGCGAUUUAUCGAGAUAUUACUGUACAUUGACUCGAACAUUUCCAGCAACUGGUGCGACGGCUUCUGAGGAGGAAGAGACACCCACAGCACCGACAGGGGAUGAACAGCCCGCAGGUUGCGAGCUAGCAAAGGAUAUUACACUCAACGCACUCGCCCAGCUCGGCGUCCUCCGCUUCAAUGCCAAUCGCUGCUUCGUGUCCAUAAUUGACGGCGAAACUCAGCAUAUUAUUGCUGAAACGACGCGUUCUGUCUCGCUACGAGAUAAGAACCGCCACAAACCGGGAGAUGGUAUCUAUCUUGGAGCACGAUCGCUGGACCUGAUCUGGGGCGUAUGUCCCCAUACGGUGCGCUUGUUCACAGGUCGCGCGACAGACGAUAUCGAUACUAGCAAUAUAACCGCCAAUCGCACACGAUAUAUUAUCCGAGAUUUUACCCUGGAGGACUCCUUCAAGGACCGACCUUACGUUCGAGAGUGGCCACAUAUGCGCUUCUAUGCAGAGGUGCCUCUAUUCAGCGCAUCUGGACACGUUCUCGGCUCGUAUUGCAUCGUCGACGAUAAACCAUGGGUGGAGUUCGGAGAUGAUCAGGUCACUGACCUCCAGGAAGUGGCAGAUGCCAUUGGAAUUCAUCUGGAGAACGUGCGAAUGAGUCAGGUCCAUAUUCGAACUGAGAAAUUGGUCAAGGGCUUGACAGAUUUUGUUAAAAGCCAUGCAGAAUUUGAUCCCAAAGAGGCCUCUAACCAUGGCCGUCUUCAAUCGAGUGUCAAUGCAGCGAAUCUCGCACCGAAUGAAAUGGACGCUACCACUGCGGACGCCGACGACGAUUCUGACACCACCCCUGUUCUUGAUGCACCAUUCGAUCACACUGUUCAAUGUGCUUUCCCUAAAUCCAGACAAUCGUCUUCCUCGACCGUCGCGGGAGGGGAAUCUAUAUUCUUCGUGCGGGAUCAACGCUCCACGACGGAUCCUUCAUCUCUGUACUCGGGUUUGUCAGAUCGACCAAAGGUGUUGAGCCCCGGCGAAGAAAAGUCGAUGGGCGAAGCAUUGAACUUAGGAGAUAAUAUUGCAGCUCAGGGUAUUGGUCAAGGCUUCUCACAGCUGUCGUUGACCGAGAGCACACCCAUACCCGAACGCAUUGCAUCCAUCUAUUCGCGUGCAAGCGAAUUGCUCCGUGACUCCAUGGAUUUGGACGGGGUUGCAUUUCUCGAUGCUUGCCCAACCGAUUUUGCCUUUGUACCUGAAGAACCAGAAAUUUGGGAGCAAUUGACAACUUCAGAUCCUGGUGUCUCGGCUUCGCAGCUGCCUAGUCCUCUCGGACUACCUCGGGCUGAGUCGCAUGAAUUCGAUCUUCCAUGCGAUACUUUGAGUUGUGCGCUAAAGUUGCCAUCUAAAGGGGAUGGUGGCUCAAAUAAUCAACCUAGUAUACCACAGGGACUACUGCAUCAAAUGCUCAAGGCUUUCCCCCAAGGACAGAUUCUGAGUUUCGAUGAGGCCGUUGACGAAAAUGAUUAUCUCUUAAACAAUAAAAAAAGCACCAUUAAUUCUCAGCCUGAUCCCAACACCGACACAUGUGCAAAACGUCUUGCACAGUGUCUUCCCGGAGCCAAAUCUGCCCUAUUUCUUCCUUUAUGGGAUUGGAAUAGGUCUCGUUGGCUUUCUGGAGUACUGGUAUGGACGACAAGCAGUUUCCGAGCGCUCGGGCUAGAGGAGCUACACUAUUUCAAGGUUUUUGGUGAUUCUUUAAUUUCUGAGGUUUCCCGGAUUCAUUGGGCAACUACCGAGAGGUCAAAAUUCGAUUUCAUAUCCUCUGUCAGCCACGAGCUUCGUUCACCAUUGCACGGAAUACUGGCUAGUGCCGAAUUAUUACACGCCACAUCGCUCGGCCAAUCACAAGAAGAGAUGGUAACGAUGAUCGAAAAGUCUGGGCUGACUUUGCUGGAUACAACGAAUCAUAUGCUGGAAUUCUGCAAGGUCAAUAACUUGAGACAUGCGAACGUCCUAAAUGAAAUGAUCACAGAAAAUGACCCUGCCAAUCUCGUUUCUGAUUUCGACAUCAGCCAUUUAGUGGAAGAGGUUGCCGACAUAUUGUACACCGGCCAGCGAGCACCUGAGCAGGUGAGCCAGCUCGCUAAACGGAUUUCAUCCAACAAGGAAGCAACCGAUUCAAUCGCCAAGGAGUUCAGCGCCCAAAAUCAAAUGUCCAUUGUCAUACGAGUCGACCAAACAGACACUUGGAUGAUUCGGUCCCUUGCAGGUGCUUGGAGGAGAAUCGUGAUGAACCUUCUCGGUAAUGCGAUGAAGUGGACCACCGCUGGCUUCAUUGAAAUAGCAUUAUCAAAGGCCAAGGACCGAUCAGACUCACACUCACCCCUUGUCCGCCUCUCCAUCACUGAUACCGGCCGUGGAAUAGCGCCCGAUUUCAUCAAACACAAGCUCUUUGCUCCAUUCUCCCAAGAAGACCCGCUCUCCGAGGGCGUCGGGCUGGGCUUGAGCACGGUACAGCAAUUGGUGAUGUCGCUUGGGGGCCAUGUGAAUGUGAGAAGUGAGGUCGGCAUUGGAACUCAGGCCGAUGUCUAUAUCCCGGUUCAAUAUCUACCCACUGGUCUUGGUCCGGAGGACAGCCCAGCUCCGACAACCACUCAGCCAGGAACCACCCCAAUGCAUGCAUGCCUGGUAGGCUUCAAUGGUUUACCCGACCUCACAGAGGCGCCCACUGGGAUUCUCACCGUCGAGGGCAAACGGAAUAUUUCCAUUCAGAGUGCACUGGCAAACAUCUUCAUGACAAAGCUGAAGUGGAAUAUCUCUCUGGCGGACUCUAUCGAAGAGGCUCGUGGUCAGGUCAUUGUAAUUGAGCAAGAACUCCUCAGACAAGCUAUGAAUGAAAAUGACCAACGUGUCUCUGAAAUUGCGGCUCAGAAUGGUGUUGACUUCUUCAUCGUGCUGAGCGGCAAUGUCCCAAUCAUACUGGAUAACCUCUCUGUCAACGUCAUCCGCGUUGCCCAACCAUUCGGACCACAAAAAAUAUACAACGCCGUUGAAAAGAUCAUGAAGUGGCGCGAAAUCCAGAUUCCAUCUGUGUCCUGUCCGCCCGACAGUUCUUCCUCGUCCGUGUCUCCGCAAACGCCACCAGAGAGCCGUUCAGACCCAGGCCCGAAUACCUAUCUGAGAGGGAUGUCUGAAUAUUCAAAUGAAGCAAUUAGCUCACCGGGAGGGUCAAACGCCUCCACACCCCGACAAUCCAGCAAGCAAGCAAUGGCUCACGUGCUCAUUGUGGACGAUAAUGAAAUUAAUGUUAAGAUUAUGGCCACCUUCAUGCGCAAAAUAAACUGCACCUACGACACAGCCCACAACGGCCUUGUCGCACUGGAGAAAUACAAAUCAUCCAACCUUCACUAUGACUUCGUUCUGAUGGACAUCUCGAUGCCCGUUAUGGACGGUCUUGUCUCAACGAGCAAAAUUCGCGAAUUCGAACGUGAACAUAAUCUCAACCCAUCUUGCAUCAUGGCUGUCACUGGAGUUUCCUCCGUUGGCUUCCAGCACCAGGCUACUACGGCUGGUAUCGAUAAUUACCUUAUAAAACCCCUCUCCCUUCGCGCGCUCAAAACUCUUAUGAACAUUGCAUGA